AUGACAUCCUCUGACGUACGUGCAAUCCUGAAUCUGCCCCAGGCAGGACCUUCCGCUCCCACUCAACGUAAAGCUACGAGACAAAAACCCGAUGGAAUAUCCCGCGAACUUUACGCUCUGAUCGGGGACAAUGCUCCUUCGCUCGCCGAAGCACAGGCGUCGUUGUCCGCGGUAAAGUAUCGAGAGAGACCGACGAUAAGAUCGAAAGUACAUUGUCAAUUUGAAUACGACCAACACCUCGCAGACCCCGAUUGGACCUCCCAAGAAACCGCUUACCUUUUUGACCUACUUAAAACUUACGACCUCCGGUUCAUCAUAGCCGCGGAUAGAUACGCAUACCAAAGCAAAAAGCGAUCCGUAGAGUACGCUUCUGAGUUGUUCCACCUUACCGCCGCUGAGAUCGCUGAGGAAGAAGCUCUUUACAUCGAGAUCAAACGGAUGGAGCAGAAUGAACGACGAUACAGAGCCGACAGGGACGAUCUCAUGCGCACUGUUAUGGGUCUAGAUAGUGGUCUUGUGGAGUUCAACCAGUCCAAUGUGGAAACGAUAUUUGGUAUUGACAAACCUGUCCACCUGCGCUCUACCAAAAUCCCACUCCCGAAACCCAAUGCAUCGAUCAGGAUCUCCGAGCUGCUCAACGAACUGGGCAUCAGCGCUCACAAACUGGUCAUGCCGACUCGCGGCAAUAUCGAAAUUUUUGAUAGCCUUCUUCAAGCUGCCGGUGCAUUGAUUGACAUGAAGCGACAGGUAGAUCGAGUGGAACAGGAGCUACGUACGGUCACCGCACAGAGACAAGGCCUCCUCCCCACUAUAGAGACGCGUAAAGUGCGCUCCGAAUCCGUUACAUCCACCGAUACAACCACCACAAACCGUCGCAGUAGACCGUUGUAG